GCAGGAAAUAAGAUGGGACCGGCUGUAUAGCCGCGCCGCUCCCUAUGCGGGCCGCCGGCUCUCAGAUCCACAGCCGCCCGAGGAUGUGCGGGAACGCGGGGGCAGCGCUCAGGGAAAGUUGACUCGUGCCGAAAAAGUGCAGCCCUAGAACUGUUGGGUAAUGGAUGAAUGGAUCUGAUCAAGCUGAGAAAGAAUAUGCUAGAUACAUGCCUUUGAGUAAGAUUCCUGCUGCCUUUAUGCAGUGAAGCCUUUUGCUUUGAGUAAUUCCGAUCCAGUUGAUGUCUGGUCAGAAUUAGAGGGAAUUCACCGAGACUUCCGAUUUCUUGCUGCAUGACUGCCUUUGCUGCAAGUGCUAGAUUUGCAUCCUUGAACCCGAUGCCACAGGAGAUGUCUUGCAGUACUGAGACUUCCCGUUUUUCAGGAUGCAUUCCUCCAGACCAGAGUCGUGUCAUGAGGAUUGGAGCUCUGAGGUGGACGAUAGAAAAUGCAAGCCUGCUCCAAGAUCUCCAGCAUUUAAGCUUGGAUAAUUUAUUAGUCUUCUACCGAUACACACAACGUGUUUGUUUUCCCUAUUCAUAUUGCUUUUAGACUUGCAGAAGUAGAAGAAAGCCACAAGGAGUCAGAAACACUGCAAAAGGAAUGGAAAUGGCAUUUGUUUCCAGCUAGGUGAAAUUUGGGUGUUAAAUUACUGACGUAGGUCAAUGGUAGAGUUUCCCUUCCACCCCCCCUUGGCUUUUAAUAAGCCUGGGUGUCUUCUUCCAUAAAGGAUGAAGAGUACUGACAGCUAUCGCUGCUUAUAAUCAGUAACUCUGAUGCUUGGAGUGUUGGCAAUGAGAUAUUUCUAUGAGACCUAUUUAGAUCUCUCCACUUCUACCAGGCUAGUUUUGCAGAACGUUGGGAAUAAGCGGUAUGUCAGAUAUGGCUGAGAUUCUGAAGAUGAUCCACAUGUUUUACAUUUUUCACAAAUUUUGGGAAAUAAAAUGUAUGCUUGCAGCUCUACAGUAACUUUGGAACAGGACCUCAACAAAAAAAUGCAUAUCUGGAUGCUGCAGACGAUCGCAUUUGCUUUAACAUCAUUAGUCCUUUCAUGGGCAGAAAGCAUUGAGUAUUAUGGGGAAAUAUGUGAUAAUGCGUGUCCUUGUGAGGAGAAGGACAGCAUCUUAACAGUGAGCUGUGAAAACAGAGGGAUCAUCAGCCUUUUUGAGAUCAGUCCACCAAGGUUCCCUGUCUACCACCUCCUGUUGUCGGGAAACCUUUUGAACAGGCUGUACCCGAACCAGUUUGUCAAUUACACAGGGGCUUCAAUUUUGCAUCUGGGAAGCAAUGACAUACAAGACAUCGAAACUGGGGCCUUUCAUGGUCUGAGAGGUUUAAGGAGGCUGCACUUGAAUAACAACAAGCUGGAACUUUUACGGGAUGACACGUUCCUCGGGCUAGAGAGUUUGGAAUACCUACAGGUCGAUUAUAAUUAUAUUAGUGUCAUUGAGCCCAAUGCCUUCAGCAAACUGCACUUGCUGCAGGUGCUGAUUCUCAAUGAUAACCUCCUCUCCAGUUUGCCCAACAACCUUUUCCGUUUCGUGCCCUUAACUCACCUGGACCUGAGGGGUAACCGUCUGAAGCUGUUGCCCUAUGUGGGCCUUUUGCAGCACAUGGAUAAAGUAGUGGAGCUGCAGCUGGAGGAAAACCCCUGGAAUUGUUCUUGUGAGUUGAUUGCUUUAAAAGAUUGGCUGGACAGUAUCUCUUACUCUGCUCUAGUGGGAGACGUGGUUUGUGAGACACCUUUCCGCUUACAUGGUCGAGACUUGGAUGAAGUCUCCAAGCAGGAGCUUUGCCCAAGGAGGCUCAUCUCUGAUUAUGAAAUGAGACCACAGACGCCACUGAGCACCACAGGGCAUUUCCACACUACCCCAGCCUCAGUCAACUCUGUGGCCACCUCUUCUUCAGCUGUUUACAAAUCUCCCUUGAAGCCCCCCAAAGGAACCCGCCAGCCCAACAAGACGAGGGUACGCCCCACCUCCCGCCUGCCCUCGAAAGACCUGGGAUACAGCAACUAUGGCCCCAGCAUUGCCUACCAGACCAAAUCCCCGGUGCCUUUGGAGUGCCCCACUGCCUGCACUUGCAACUUGCAGAUUUCUGACCUGGGCCUCAACGUCAAUUGUCAGGAGAGGAAGAUUGAGAGCAUUUCUGAACUGCAGCCCAAACCAUAUAAUCCUAAGAAGAUGUAUCUGACAGAAAACUACAUUGCGCUGGUACGCAGGGCAGAUUUUGUGGAUGCCACUGGGCUGGAUUUGCUGCAUCUGGGCAAUAAUCGGAUCUCGGUCAUUCAGGACCGGGCUUUUGGGGAUUUAACCAAUUUGCGAAGGCUAUACCUGAAUGGGAACCGGAUUGAGCGGCUGAGCCCGGAGCUGUUUUAUGGGCUGCAAAGCCUGCAGUACCUGUUCCUGCAGUACAACGUCAUCCGGGAAAUAGAGGCAGGCACCUUUGCAUCUGUCCCCAACCUUCAGCUCUUGUUUUUGAACAACAAUCUGCUGAGGUCUUUGCCAGGGAACAUUUUUUCUGGUCUGUCUCUCUACAGGCUGAGCCUGCGGAGCAACCACUUCUCCUACCUGCCAGUGAGUGGGGUGUUGGACCAGCUGAAAUCCCUGCUGCAGAUCGACCUGCACGAGAACCCCUGGGACUGCACCUGCGACGUGGUAGGCAUGAAGCUGUGGUUGGAACAGCUCAACACCGGUGUCCUGGUGGACCAGGUUAUCUGCGAGUCCCCUAAGAAGUUUGCCCAGAGCGACAUGCGGGCCGUCCGGGCGGAGCUGCUGUGCCCCGACUACUCGGACAUCGUCGUCUCUACGCCUACCCCGUCCUCGGGCCAAUUACCGGCCAGGACCACCCCUUCUUCCUCCACCGUGAGACUCAACGGCACGGCGGCGGCGGGCGGCUCCGCGCCCGCUGCUGGCGGCGGUGGCAGUUCUUCGGUACCGCUGUCUGUGCUGAUCCUCAGCCUGCUGCUGGUCUUCAUCAUGUCCGUCUUCGUGGCGGCGGGGCUCUUCGUCCUGGUGAUGAAGCGGCGCAAGAAAGGCCAGGGUGACCACGCCAGCGCAAACAACUCCGACGUGAGCUCCUUCAACAUGCAGUACAGCGUCUACAGCGGCAGCCACCAUCACCACCACCACCACCCCCACCUCCAGCAGCAUCCGCCUCACCGCGGCGGCGGAGGGGGCGGCGGAGGGGGCGUGGCGCUGCCCAAAGUGAAGACCCCCGCCGGCCACGUCUACGAGUACAUCCCGCACCCCUUGGGCCACAUGUGCAAAAACCCCAUUUACCGCUCCCGGGAGGGCAACGCGGGCGAGGAUUACAAAGACCUCCACGAGCUCAAGGUCACCUACAGCAGCCACCCCCUGCAAGGCGGGGGGGGCGCACCGCCUCCUCCACCGCCCCCGCCGCCACCAGCGCCUGGCGGGGAGGAUGCGCCGGUGCGUAGCCCCGCGUACAGCGUCAGCACGAUCGAACCGCGAGAGGAGCUGCUCUCCCCGGUACAAGACGCUGAUCGCUUUUACAGGGGCAUUUUGGAGCCCGACAAACACUCCACCUCCACAGUGGGCACACCCGGCUCCACCCUCCCCGAUUACCCCAAGCUACCCGCCGCCUACACCUACUCCCCCAACUAUGACCUUAGGCGUGCCCACCAGUACUUGCCCCCGGGGCCGGGGGACAGCAGGCUCCGGGAGACGGUGCUCUACAGCCCCCCCAGUACUGUCUAUGUAGAGCCAAACAGGAACGAGUACUUGGAGCUAAAAGCAAAACUAAACGCAGAGCCGGACUACCUCGAAGUGUUGGAAAAACAGACCACAUUCAGCCAGUUCUGAGAAACACUCCCUGCCCCACUGCCCCCCCGCCCCCCGCUAGCCACAGCAGCUCCUUCCCUAGAAUAUUUGUAUUUAACAACCACACUCAAAAGAAACGUAAAUGCCGACCUCCCGUCUCACCCCCUGCCUUUUUUUCUUCCUUUAUUUCAUUUUCUUGUAGGGUGAAGUGCCUUGGCACAGGAUUUUUCACCAUGGGAGAAUGAUUCUGGAAGGGUGUGCUGUUUAUUUUCAGCCUUCCCCCCCCCUCCCCUGUCCCGCUUUUAUUCUCUUACUACGUGUGGAAGUAUGAAACCACCUAUGGUGUAAAUUUGACACGGCACUGGCACUCUGUGAGUCUCUGUGUGCUCGGGGAGGGGUUGCAGGAGGGGUCUUGUCAGGUCAUAUUCAGAUUACAUGUACAAAAGUCACGGUUGUUUUUUUGUUUGCUUGGUUUGUAUCAAUGCUAUUUAGUUUAGUUUUCUUUCUGGUUGAAAAGUACAGCGCACAUUUCCCCCUUUUAGCCAUGGGUGAAGCUAAAUGGCUUUUAUGGAGAGAUUAGCACACCCCGACUUUAAUACAAGGUUUCCUUUUUUUAAGGAUGCGUUUCUAUGCUUUCUGGACUUUUGAAUUUAAAAGAAAAUUCUUUAAAAGGAUCACUGUAGAUGUGGACAAAUCAUUAAAGAGAGCAGAGAUAUAUGAUCCAUAACUGGUUAGUGAAAAUAACUUAUUGAUGAAAUAGAAAAAAAAUAUUUUAUUGUAGCACCUAUUUUUAUAUGCACAUUAGAGUUUCUCUUUCCUUCACUAUUUUAGGGCCUAAUCCUGCAAAUUCUUAAUCACUUGAGUAUCUCUACUUGUGAAAGAAGUCCCAGCUCAGGCCUUCAUCCUGCAGGCACUUAAGCACAUGAACAACUUUGGCAAUGUGUGCAGUCAUGUAGAUUCACUCAUUGAGCAAAGUGAGUCAAAUGCCCAAAAGAUUAGGACAGAGGAUGCAGAACUAUUCUUACUGGUAAAGUUACUGGGAUGUUUAAGUGUUCUUUUUUUUCAGGAUAGGGUUCAAAACCUUCAGAUUCCUUUAAAGAUUUGCACUACACUGAGAGCUUUUUUUCCAGAGCUGAUGUAGUAUUCAGAAGAACCUUUCACAUCAGUACAGAUAAUGCCAAUUUUGACCAAAUCUUAACAGACAAUCUAAGACAGAAAAUCUGAUCACAAUGGGAAAAAUAUCAUGUUUCUCUACAUAAACUUGUACCUUGUAGCAACUUCCUGCUCUGACAUCUGGUUGGGCAAACUAGUGAGGGACAUGUAGAAGACAUUCAUUUUAGCAGGAAAAAAUGAUUGUUUCAUUUUUGAUUAGUCACUUUUGGAUUUUUGUUGUUUGGAGGUUUUUUGGUUGUGUGGGGUUUUGGGAGGGUUUUGUUUGGGUUAUUUUUGGGGAGUGGUGUUUUGUUGGGGUUUUUGUUUGUUUGGUUUGGUUUGGUCUUUUGUUAGUUAACCAAAAUACAAUGAUUUUGCAACCGUUGUAGUCAGUUUCUGAUUGUUUAGUCAAGUACAAUUGCACUUGUACAGAUCCACAUGUUUACUGGCAUCCUGAAAGACCAAAUGAUGGACUGUACACAUCUAUAUACAAUGUCUUUACCCCUUUGGGCAGCAGGCAAUGGCAAGGAUUUUCAUAAACACAGCGUCACUGUAAGAUGGGACAAAUUGAUGUCUCAUAUGUAUCCCACAUGUGAUUUUUUUAAUAGUUUCUGAAUAAACACUUGAUAAGUAUUUCAAAUGUAA